CUACUGAAGAGUUGCUGAGGCAGAACUGAAAUCAUGCCUCGCCUCAAAGAAACGACAGUAUUGUCAGCUAAUUAUUUCUAACACACAAACCGCAUUCUUGUCUGACAUAGUUUUUCAUGUAAAAUUCUAAGCCUUUUAAAGGCAGCUCUAGUGCUUAGGUGUUCAGCCAGGUUCUUUACUGCCUCUGCUACUUUGCACUUACAUUACGAGCAAGGUGAAGAAGAAUGGAAACUAAAGAUACCUGUAACUACCCGUAACAGCUGCAGAAGGAAAUGGGUCGGCUUUUCUCUCGACUAGAUGAAGAUAACACAAGUACAUCUAAGUGACUUCUACCAUGGCCUCAGCAAAUUGAUGAUGAAAUAAGGAAACUGUGGGAUUACUCCUUUCAGCUUCCCUGGACAAUGGAAGGAGAGCCUAUCACCUCUACUUUGUUGCCACCUGGGAAUGUUCCACAAGACGCUAGCUUGACCCUGGAGCAGAAAACCACAUUUGUCUUUGUGAUCUUAUUAUUUAUUUUCUUAGGCAUCCUCAUUGUCCGAUGCUUCCGAAUUCUCUUAGACCCCUACAGAAGUAUGCCCACCUCCACCUGGGCUGACGGACUUGAUGGGCUAGAGAAAGGCCAGUUUGAUUAUGCCCUGGCUUAGACUGAGGACUCAGAAAUACUAUUUAGAGGAGUUUGAUUUAAAAAAAAAUUCCUGGAAUGUAGAUUUAUUUCCCCCCAAUUUUCUCAGAUAUUAUAAAACCUGCCUUGCAUGACUGCACAAAAUAUUAAUUAGUUUUUAAAUAAAUGUCAAAGCGAGUUAAACAUUUUCCCCUUCAUUAGGAGACUGGUGAUUCUCCUAAUGGAGGGAAAAAUAAAACUACAACUGCGCUUCAAAACAUAUUGGAACAAUAUAUAACAUAGAUGGCAUCUUAUGCCUCAGAAUAAUACUUUGAUUUGUAGUUGCUGGAGAAAGCCUUAUUGUUUGAAAGUAGCUUUUUUACAAGCAUCAGUGGAUUUACAGGUGGGGUAGGAAUGUUCUUUUAUGUGGUGUAUGUGGUGAUUAAAUAAACUUUUAAAGCUUCACUGACUUUUAAAAUACAUGUACGGGCGGGAGAAGGAGGGGUGAAAGGAAGUUAAGGAAUCACAUAGCAACCAUUUGGCCUAGUGAGACUGGGCCUAUUCCUAGCUCUGUCACUCGCCUGCUGGUGACCUUGGGAAAAGUCACUUUACCACUCUGUACCUCAGUUUCCCAUCUGCAAAAUGGGGAUAAUGAUGUAACAUUCUUUGAGAUCUACUGACAUAAAGCAUUAUGUAAAAGUUAGGUCUUUUGAUUAUUAUCUAGCCAUAGUAUUCUGUAUUGAAAUGAUGCAGACUGGAACCUCAAGGUCCCUGUGCAUCUCUUUCCUUUUAUAACAUGCACGGGGGGGGCGGCUCAGAUCAAAUUUCCUCAUGCCACAAUCACAGCACUUCAAAGCCGCUCUGGCUUAUUCCUCUGCCAUUCAAUACAGCUACACCUAACACAUAGAAUGUAGCUGGAGUUCAUGCAGAUAAUUCCCAGUUGCUAUUGCCAGCUCCAGAGGGCAGAGAGGGUCCUUUAUUGUGAAGCCUGAUACCUCCAACCAAGGUGACUCCUCAAUUUGCAUGAGACACAAGGGCUGCUGUCCCUUAGGAAAACGAAUAAUGCUACCAUUGCUGGCACAGAGUAUUGUACACAAGAAACAAUGAAGUACAUCAACCCAAACCCAGCAAAGGAAUGACACACCCCAAAGUAACAAUAUAACAAAGGGAGAGCUACUGGGAGCAGGAAAAUAGGACCUAGGGAAGGAUAGGGUUAAGGUUAACUAAUAAGUACUAACAUAUCAACACUCCCAACACUUCCUAGCCUACAGUUUUCUCCCUGGCACUUUCCCAGGCACAGGGUAUACUGAAGAUGAAUCUAGAGAUGAGUGUUGCAGCGCCAUGAAUGCUGGCCAGCUUAAACAAAAAAAGCCACCUUUUGACUAAAGCCAAUUGCUUGACUACACUUACAGUUUUAUAUUAAAAAUAUUUGAGAGACCAAAUAACCAAGUUUAAUCAGUUUAUUAGUGAAAGACAAAGCACAAUAUGAAAAUGAGCCAUCCAUACCAUUCUUUCUAGGAAGCAAUCAGUCUCACAGCAUGGCAUUCACCUUAUACAGAAGGUCUGAUUUGAAAAUAGGUACCUAAGUCUAGUUAUAUUUGUAGUACACCUGUUAGAGAGCACUUGAUAAGUCACCCACCAGUCUAUAUUUGUUUUUUGAUACCAUCCUGUACUUUCCUUAUCUUUGCUUUGGAUACCACAUUCCAGGUAUCAGUAGGUCAUGACAGCAUUCCCUCAUGGGACCAGGAAAUACCGUUCAUACAUUUUGCUUCUGAUAGGUUUUGUACUUGGCUGUGCAAAACAGUUGCAAAUGUUGUAAACUAUUAUGGGAUGUUAACAUCAUUCUGGGAAAAAACAUAGCACAAAUCACAGUAAUAGAAUUUAGCAUAACUACCCAGCAUUCAAUUCAAUGUGUACAAUGUUACUAUUGUGCACAAGACAUAUCAGUGUGAUGUGUCAGAAACAUAACAAUAUAUAUUGGAUAACGUACUGCUUCAUGAACAUGAUGCAGUGGAAAUCAGUGGUCACAAAGAGCUGUGGUGUCACAUGAGGUUGUCCUGCAGUCAGUGCCAGGUAUAAAAUAGCUAAACUACUAUAAAAUAGUAGGGCCUUGCAACAUGAGGGGCCUCUAAAAAAGAAAAAACUGACUACAUUUCAAAUUUUAUCGAAAUUAGUUGAUAAAUAAAGGAGAUACGGCAAAAUGUAGACAUUUUUGUUCAAAUAUGACAAAAAUAUACAUAUCUGGCUACACAAAUACCCUUACCCUACCCUUACUCUUCACUAAUUGUUCAUUAUUGACAAGCAGGAGGCCAGGGCUGAGGGAAAAAAACGAUAAUUGCACUUGUAAAAUUAGUAUUUCUACAUGUAAAUCUGCUAUCAGUCUCUUAAGGCAGCGUUUUGCU